AUGAAGGCCAUGGACAACCCCAUCGAGAAGGAUGGUAACCUCUAUCACGUCGAAGAUGUGAUCGAUAAAUCUGAGUCAAAUGCCCUCAAACUCACUCGGAAUGACUUUUUUGAAGCGCAAAAUGAUUCAUUGUCUGAGGGCAGAUCGCCAUGGCCCGUGAUUAAGGAGAAUCUCAAGCUGUGCAUGAUUGUUCUCGCUGUCCAGACCAAUGGUAUCAUUCUCGGCCUCGAAUACACUUUUCUCGGAGCGCUUGUCGGUGUUCAAGCCUUUUGCAGGACUAUGGGCUCCUAUGACGAGGGCUCUGGAAGUUACGCCGUAGCCGCAAGCACAUUAUCGCUCUGGGCCGGGUUAUUUGGUCUUAUGCAGUUUUCCGGACAGCUCUUUGCCGGUUGGUUCGCGGAUCGUUACGGUCGAUCUAAAUGUAUUUACCUGAUGAUAUUCAACACCUAUAUCGGUGUCAUGACCGAGAUUCUCUCCCAGAACAAGAACGAUUAUACUGGCGCCAAGAUUCUUAUGGGUGUAGCAACCGGCAUGAUGCAAGUUGCUAUUCCGACGUAUGUAGCUGAAAUCACCCCUCGUGAGAUUCGAGGUAUUACCAUUGGAUUGUUCAGUUUCAACUGCACCUUCGUCACCUGGGGCUCAAACAAAGCCUGGGGCGCUGAUGCCCUAGACAACAGAGGCUGGCGCGUGCCACUUUACGUCGGUCUUGCAGCACCCACAGUCAGCCUCGUAGCUAUGCUUCUAAUGAUGCCAGAAUCGCCGUAUUGGCUAGUUCUGAAAGACCGGGGCGAGGACGCCAAACGUAGUCUUGCACGACUGCAUCCGCGACAAGCUUCGACAGAGAUUGACAAAAAAUACCAUGAGCUACAGUACACAGUCAUGAAGGAGGUUCAGUUCAAGGAGUUCACUAAAGAUGCCACUUACAUGGAGUGUCUCCGAGGCCCCAAUUUGCAACGCACUUUCUCGGCCAUGUUUCCCUCAACGUCGCAGCAGUUGAUUGGCAAUCAACUUGUACAAUCUUACUCAACUUACUUCUUCACCAUUGCUGGCCUGUCGAAUGCCCUUUUAGGCAGCGUCAUCGUGGCCUGCGCUGGCCUCGCUGCGGGCUUUUUGUGUUUCUUCUUGAUUGAAACCAAAAGCAUUGGGAGAUGGACUUUGGUUUUCUGGGGUGUCUUUGGGAUUACUAUCUCUAUGCUCGGAAUCGGCAUCGUCGAUACUGUCGACCACGGAAAGACCAGUACCAGUGCUGGCGCCGCUCUUGUGGCUUUUAUCGCUUUAUUCAAUGCCGCUACGGCUGUUGGUCCAGGUGUAGCAGGAUGGGCCUACGCUGGAGAAGUAGGGUCCGUUCGUCUCCGCGCGAAAACCGCUACCAUGGCGGUGGGUGUCAACGCCAUCAUCGGAACAUUGACUAACAUUGUGAUCCCAUUUGAGUUGAAUGCCAUUGGACCCAAGACCGGGUAUAUGUUCUUCGGUGUCGGAGUGAUAUGCCUUGUUCUCAUCUACCUCUGGGUUCCGGAUGUUACGGGCCGCACAUACGCGCAAUUGGAUGAAUUAUUUGAGCGAAGGAUUCCAGCGAGGAAGUUCAAGACUACUGUUUGUACGGGUGAGUAUGGACAGGAGCAUACUAGGGAUCAUGUGAAGGCUUGA